CGGAGAAAUUUCGCAAUAGACAGGUAUAUCCAGGGUUUAUGUAUUUCGAUAAAGUUUGUAAUAGACUGCUGCUUACCGGUGGGCUUAUAAAUGAUGCCAUUCGACAGCAAAGGUAGCACGAGAGGCACGGGCACGUGAUUGUGAUGAGCUCCACUGAGAAGUACAUAUAUAAAUUCCAAUGGGUGCAUGAGUCUUCAGGAUUGUGGGUGGGUGCACGAGUCUUCAGGAUUGUGGACAAAGCAUAUUGUUUUCGUGUGAGUGAAAUAUCUGAAUGAGACCUGAAUAUGUCACAGAAACGUUUCACUGGGGCCAGGAUUGUACUUUUUGGGGCCGGCGGAGUAGGAAAGACAGCAUUUGCAGUGCGUUACAUAACGAAAAGAUACAUCGGUGACUAUGAUCGAGACAAAGAGAUGAUUUACACGCGACGACUUCCGACUCCUCGAGACGAGAUACUUCUGGAAAUACUCGACACAGGCGCCAGUCCUCCAAUCGAUGUCGUUGAAAAGCAUGUGAAAUGGGGUGACGGUUUCGUCUUAAUGUUUUCAUUGGCUGACAGAAGUACCCUUGCAUGUUUGAACGAAGUUAAGGGUAUAAUCGAAAAGGCUAAAGGUCGCGAUUGUCCCUUGACCUUGGUUGGCAACAAGAGUGACCUGAUUUCAGCUCGGGAGAUCGAAGAAGAUGAACUCGGACAAACAGCUCAAAAAUUUGACUGUCCGAAGUUUGAAAUUUCUGUGGCAGAAGGUAGUCAAGGCGUUCUAGAAGUCAUGGACGAGAUAAUAUGUCAAAUUAAACGAGACUUUGUGAAAAAUCUCAGCUCGUAUAAUCAGAAUCAGGUGACAGACAACAAGCCGCGCUCAAAACUCUACAGCAUGAAAAAGGCGCUCAAAAAGCGCAUCAAUAAGAGUCAUAGUGAUACGUUUUGAAACUUCAUUUCACCGGAACUACUUUAUCUGUUCAAGUGUUCCAUUAAUAGAGUGAUGCGUUAAUAUGAUUAUUAUUGUCUCACUAUUUCUAUGAGAAAAGCUCAGUAAUACCAUUCAAAUGUACAGUUUCUGCAAUCAAUCAAAAUAGAAGCAGAUUUGCUAUAUUAUCAGUUGGGUACAUGCAUCGUUUAAACGUAAAUAACUCUUUUUCUUGCAUACAGGUUGUAAUAAAUCUUUUUUAUUUUAGUGGUCUCGAUUUUUAACGGAUAAGAAAAUAUCAAAUACAUUUUAUAAUGAUUGAACCAAAAUGCUAGUGUAACAGGUUUUUAUCAUGUCUUGUACUUUUUUAAGGAAAAAGAAGAAUCGUUUCCGCAAGUUUCUCUUUUUUUUCAUUUAUUUUAAGUAACAUCAUCAUUUGAUCGGAGCCUAAGAAAAUUUAGUUUAAAGUUUGUAUACUAUCCGUUCCAAAGUAGUCUUAAGAGAGUGAGCGACUGAGCCAUUCAGCAAUUACAGUUUAUCGGGCAACGAUAGGUAACAUAUAACAAACACACAGCAAAACUGGUUUGAUAAAACUAAAAUGUAAUGAAGUGGUCAAAACAAAAUUAUCAUUUCUCCGUAUCUGGUUGCUCUGUAUUCGGAACGCGUAUUUAUAUUAAAAGUCAUGCGAAUAUGUAUACAUAAUUAAAGCUCACUGAAAAAGAUUGUCAAUAUAGAUCAUUCGUGUAUCAGUAGAAAUGGAAGCCAGUGAAAUAACGUUCGACAUUAUGCAAAAUUAUAUAGUAAAAUGUAGUUUGCUUGUUUCACCCAAUAAAAAAGAGUUGUGUUCGCUUUCAUAUAGUUUAAAUAAAACUCCACGUUGCUUGAAUCUAUUUAGACUAUCGAACUGGAUUAACAAUUUAAUAAACACACAAAAGUCAUUACACAGAUAAACGGUCGAUCUUAAUGAAACGUUAAUGUAUAUUACGACUUAUUCGAAUACACCGCACCUCUUGUGCAUUUACAUAUCAUAGAAUGUAUUCCAAACAAUUAAUGUUAACCCGCAUUACCAUUCAAAACAUUUAUCUCCUUUUUUUAAUAUCAUUUUAAUAUGGUAGGCCUUGUGGUAGGAUGCUGAUCAAGAAAUCAGAAGGUCCCUAUUUCGAAUCCCUCUUUUUUCCUUAGCAAAAUAUUUUACUCUUGCUCCUACUGCGCCGGAUGUUAACGUACGACUUAUAUCCCCGUGAUUUGGGGGUAAAUGUCAAAGUCGAUUGAAGAUUGAACAUUCUAGUAUCAUAAUCAGAAAAUAAACCCAUGUAUUUACCAUUUGCAUAUCAUGUACGUAUAUAUGUUUUGCUUAAAUCAUUCGAACAAACAUGCCUUCAAAAUAAAAGUUUAAUAUCCUAA